AUAAGCUUAGGUCAGGUAACAAGACCGUGAAAGUGCGCCCUCAAGAGAUGAAUCAUUUUUAAAAGCAAGAUGGCGGCGUCCAUGAAGGGAGUUUACCAAAAUUUAUCUCGAAUAUUUCUGCUCAAAAGGUCACUACAUAGCUCGUUGUUGGUACAUAGGAAUGCAUUCAAAGUACCAUCGAUACGUCCGAAACAAUUGGAAUCUACCAGAUGUGGAAAUAUUUGCCUGCGAAACCAUUCUUUGGUAUUGGUAAAAACUUUAUGCACCGAUAGUACGACCGAUAACGUCGGGUUCAGUAAAGCGGCGCGGCGCACAACUUCCUCAAGUCAGAAAAGUGUCACAUCGUCAGACUCAGAGAUUCUCCGUAGCGAUAACAGUGGAACAGGGAUAGCAGGCCCUAAGGAACAACUUGGACAAAAACUGAAAGGAGAUAUCAACGUCAGUCAUGACUCUCUGUACGACUUGUCAUCAGACUUAAAAACGACAGUUGAGUCACAAGAAGAGCAGGCACAGAACCCAGAUUUUUACCGUCGCCGUGCUGAAAGUGAAUUUGGUGCUGAUGGCAAGAGGAGGACAUUCAAAGGUUAUCACGACAGUAAUCAAGGGCCUGGCCAGUUUGUGGAGGAGCCGCCCAUUGUACGGGAAAAAAGAAAGCCGAUGUAUGAACCAGCAUAUUACUAUGGAUUUGCAAGUAUUCUGUGUUGCUCAGUGGUUGUAGCACUGGCACUCUUCAAGAAGGAGCAGAAAGAUACGAUAGAACUUCUUAUUGCAAAAUCUUGGGCAGAAGACAGAGAAGGAAACUUAGCCAAGGCAGAAGCUCUUCUCCACAAAGCUCUCAAGAUGGCACAGGAUGAUAAGAACACUAAUGCAGUCACUUAUAUCUUUGAUCAGAUGGCUAAUUUAUCAAUGAGGCACGGCAACCUAACCAAGGCUGAGGGUCUCUUCAAGGAGACACUGAAAUUGAUGAUCUCCUCAGGAACAGCGCAGGACGACAGCGCUGUGAUUGAGAUCUCCCUAAAGCUGGCAAGAAUGUUUGACAGAAUGAGAAGGUACGAUGAUGCAGAGCAAGGCUUCAAGUGGUGCAUCUCCACCACAGAGAAGAAGCUUGCUCAGCCAAACGACAAGGAAACAACACGCAACCUCCAGUCCCUCCUUGGAAUGUGCCUGGACUGCCACGCCAGGUUUCUAGCUGCUCAUGGCAGACUACAGGAGGCAAAAGAGAUGUACAAACGUGCCCUUCACAUCUGUGAAGAGGAAUUAAAGAUUGAUGGAAUACCACAUCCUCAGACGGUUAUCUUAUUGAAUGACCUCGGCACCGUCCAUGACCUUGGAGGUGACUUUGCUGAAGCCAUUGAACUCAUAGAGAGGGCCUCUGACCUUGCAGAGGAGAGGUCACCACAUGACCUACCCACAGUGCUUUGCAACUUGGCAUCAGUGAAUAUGCAUGCAGAGAAAUUUGAGGAGGCGAGGAGUCACUACAAGAGAGCUCUGUCUGUAGCUGAGAGGCAAGGAGAUGCAGCAGCCAUCUUGGAGAUCAAGAACAGCAUGGCUCAGCUGGAUACCAACGUCUUCCUGAAGAAGCAGAAGGAAGGAAACAAGAAGAGAGAAUUAGGGCAAAAGUCUUAGAUUAAUUGUAAAAUUGUUAUGAUUAUAAUUAUGUUGAUACCCUACAUUUAACAACGUUAACUUUGUUGCCUGAGUUGUGUGGUACAUGUACUGGUGGAUUUGACGACUCCUCAAAUAUUCAGACAUUUCUUAGAAGCAGGCAAAACCUUCGGGGUUUUUUGGAGGGGGAUGUUCGUUUCGUUUUGUUUAAGGGCUUGCCUUUUAUUUCUAUGAUUCUCAUAUUUUUUGCCACUGAAGUAGGGUCGGUCGGUCAUAAAUUAAACACCUGAAGAAAAUCAAAACAAAAUUGCAGUUGCGCUAGUUCCUAAAUUAAAUGUCAAAUGCAUAUUGUCUCUAGUUUUGUUUAUCAAGAGUUCAUCAUGAGUUGAUACACUGAAUUAAAUAAUAAAACCAUAAUUGGCAAGACGCA